ACCAAAAGCCACACCAUAAAAAAACAGUGAUUUGGCCUUGUAUUCUUCCCAAGACAACGUCGGUGAACGAUCACGAAAAGGAAAUGGCGACGCUCAAACUUCCCGCCCAUGUUCCUCCUCCAUCGGAGGAUGCUGAGCAGCUCCACAAAGCUUUUCAAGGAUGGGGAACGAAUGAGUCAUUGAUUAUUGAUAUCUUGGCUCAUCGCAAUGCUGCUCAGCGCAACUUGAUUCAGAAAACCUAUUUUGAAGCUUAUGGGGAGGAUCUCCUUAAAGCCCUUGACAAAGAACUUACUAGUGACUUUGAGAGGGUUGUAAAGUUAUUUACAAUGGAUCCUGCUGAUCGCGAUGCAUACUUGGCUAAUGAGGCUACUAAGAGGUUCACAUCAAGCCACUGGGUUCUCAUGGAAAUAGCUUGCACUAGGUCUUCGAUUGGCCUAUUCAAGGCGAGACAAGCAUACCAUACUCGCUACAAGAAAUCACUGGAGGAAGAUGUUGCACAUCAUGCAACUGGAGACUUCCGCAAGUUGUUGGUUCCUCUCGUGAGUGCAUUCAGAUAUGAGGGAGAAGAGGUGAACAUGAUAUUGGCAAAAGCAGAGGCAAAGAUACUUCAUGAAAAGAUCUCUAACAAAGCCUAUAAUGAUGAGGAAAUCAUUAGGAUUCUGACAACAAGGAGCAAGGCACAAAUUAAUGCAGCUCUUAAUCACUACAACAAUACAUUUGGGAAUGCCAUCAACAAGGAUUUGAAGGCCGACCCUAGCGAUGAGUUCCUCAAGCUGCUGAGAGCAACAAUCAAAUGCUUGACCACUCCUGAGAAAUACUUUGGGAAGGUUCUGCGAAUGGCCAUUAACAAGCAAGGGACAGACGAAUGGGGUCUUACUAGAGUUGUCACCACUAGAGCAGAGGUGGACAUGGAACGUAUCAAAGAGGAAUAUCAUCGCCGAAACAGUAUUGCUCUUGAUCGUGCGAUUGCUGGAGACACUUCUGGUGACUAUGAGAAAAUGCUCCUCGCCUUGAUUGGUCAUGGUGAUGCUUGAGCAAACCCUGAACGGAUGCAAAAUAAACGUUCUUUUGGUAUGGAUGUUUUAUGCAUUUCCUGCCUGACAUUAUAUUACCUUUCUGAUGUGAGUUCUUUUCUGUGUUUGUUUUGGCUUCUUAAAAAUUGAAUGGACCAAAGUGGGUGUUUUGCUAUACUUA